AUCACACAUGCGCCAUAAUGGCGGGUACUGUCUUUCUUUCAAAAGUUCUGGACGUUUCUGAAUUAGAAUCGUUAUCUGAAGAUAUUAAGGGAAAAAUUGAGAGUUCGUUUGGAAACAAAGAAGCUGAAGUAGACGAAUUUAAGGCCAAAUAUGAACGUCUCCGCGUAAACUCGGAGCAACAGUAUUUUGAACUUGAGAAGAAAUUGAUCAACAGCAACAGUCAACUUGAGACUGAGACUGAGACAAGGAGUGGUCUACAGACACGCCUCACUGAUAUAGAAACCAAGUAUGAUGAGGCAAGUUCCAAACUCAAGACUCUUGAAACUUCCCACCAGUCCAGUGAAGCCACACAGGUGCACCUUGAGAAUGUGCGGAAGCAGCUGGAGGCGGAGAAAAGAGAGCUGAACCUGGUGCUGGAGAAACGAAGCAAGGAGAUCACCAGACUCAACGAUGAAUUGAAAGUUUUCACUGACAAGAACGCUGCUUUAAGCCAGGAGAAGUGUGAGAUCCAGGCCAAGCUGGGGGGGCUUCAGUCACAAGAAGUGUCCCGAGAGUACCGUGAGAAGCGACUUGUUCAAGAGAAGGAGCACAUGCAGAAGCAGAUGGACUGGCUGAAUGGGGAGCUGAAGAGCAAGACGAACGACCUGAUCAAUGUCAAGAAGGAGAGGGCCAGCAAGCUCCUGGACGUGCAGUCGAAGCUGGACGAGAAAGUGGAGGAGCUGAAUCACAUGCAGCUAUCCCUUGAUUCUCUGAAGAAGUCCAAGGAGGAACAGGCACUGAGAAUUGAUUUCCUCAUUCAGAAAGUCAAGGAUACCCGUGACGCUCAGACACAAUCAGACGAACAGUUCCGCCAGGAGAUUGCUGCUCAGGGGAAACUGGUGCAGUUGUACAAGACGUCGUCAGAGGAGGGUGACACAAAGGUGACCGAGUUGACGCGGGCGGUGGAGGAGCUGCAGAAGCUCCUGAAGGAAGCCUCCGAUGCCCAUUCCAAGCUGGAGGGAGAGCAGAAUCAGAUUGAAGAUGGCUUCAGGGAUCAGUUGAAAGCUAAAGACGUGAAGACGGGGAAACUGGAGCAAGAGCUGAAGAACGCCAAUGAGCUGCUUGUUGCCGUGAAAGCCAAAGGUGCUGCCAAACUCAGCGAUGAAGCGAUAGAAGCCUUGUCACCAUCCGCAGCUGCAACAUCCAAAAUACUCAAGUCGGGCAUGACCCUCACACAGAUUUACAAUGAGUACGUGGUCUCUUCUGAGAAUCUGGAACUGGAGCGAGAAGAAAACAAACGUCUCAACCAGUACCUUGACCAGAUCCUACAGGAAAUCGAAGAGCGUGCACCACGUAUGAAGAAACAGCGUGAGGACUACGAGAUGUCACUGCAGACCAUUAGUCAGCUGACGUCACAGCUCGACACAGCCAUGCUGGAAUCUGAAAAGUUGCAGCGUGAGGGUGACGAAUACCGGCGGAAGUUGGGCCACUUUCAGAGAGAGGCUCAGAAAUAUCAACAACAGACUGUGGAUCUUGGGCACCAGGUGCGGUACUUGGUGAAGGAGGUUGAGGAGCUGAAGGGAGGUAGAGUGGUUCGGGACGAAGAUGUGUCAUCAGCGGAGGUGUCAAGUUCAUCCUCUCUCAUCUCAGGCAAACUUGUCACAUUUAGGAGCAUUGAAGAAAUGCAGAAUCAGAACCAGAGACUCCUGGGGGUGGUGCGAGAACUCAGUGACAAGCGGGAGGAGGAGGAGAAGCUGGCUACAGAUACCAAGACCCAGGAGCUUCGUGAGCAGCUCGAGAUGACUCAGGCCGAGUUGGAGGAGCUGAGAGCUGGCAAGACACGUCAGGCCGAGAUGGUGGAGUCGGUUGUGCGCCAGAGAGACAUGUACAGGGUCCUGCUUCAACAGGGGGGAUCCAUGCAGAUGCCUAUCCCUCCCAUGAUGGCGUCCACACCCCUCCCUGCUGGGGGCAGGGACAUGCACACCCCUGGUCGACACCCACCCCCAGGGAUGAGAGGCCCUGCGUCAGGACACACCCCCCAUGUGGGACCAGGCUCUCUGCAGCAGAUGGAGAAGUCUGUGUCGGAGUCUAGGACAGCCAUGAAGGAAAUGCAGUCCGAGUUCACCACUUAUAAGAAGGAAAGAUCACAAAAUGAAAGGAUGAUCAGCGAGCAGCUGGACAAGGCCAGACAGGAACUCUCCGAGAUGAAGGUGCAGAAUGCCAAGCUGGCUUCACAGCUUGACUUCUCUGCUGAGAGAUACAAGGUCCUUCAAGGCAACAUCGACGGCUACAGGAAGGAGAUCGGAGCGUUGCGGGACAAGAAUCAACAGUACUCAACAUCUGUUGUGAAACACGAACAGACAAUCAACAUGCUGAGAGAGGACUUGAUGUCUGCCCAAGAGAACGGAACAAGACUAGAAGUCCAGAAUGACAACCAACGUGCUGAGUUAAAUCUGGUGAAGAACUCGGAGCAGGGAUUGAUGCAGGAGCUAGAGAGUGUCCGGCGGGAGCACAUGUCUCAGAACAUGCUCCUUAGCAGUCUGCAGGCCAUACAGAACAAUCUUGAGCGUGCAGAGUAUGAAACCAAAACUCGGCUGAACAACCAGAUCAGUGCGUACGAGCGGGAAGUGAACUCAUUGAAGCGGAGGAUGGACGUUCAGGCCGAGGAACACCGGUCGCUGACCCGCAACUGGGAGAGCCUGGUGAAGAAUGUGCAGAUAGAACUGGAGCGUGAGAAAGCAAUGGCCCAGGACAACAAGACCAAGUUGUCCGACACCAACAAGAACGUGCUGGACCUCAAGCAGGAGCUCUCUGCAACAGAAGCGAAACUGGCUGCGGCUGAGGGCAAACUGACCCGACUCGGAGAACCCAGAAGUACUGAACGUCUGCAGAUGUCAGCAUCUGCUGCGUCUGCUGCUGUGGUGCAGACAGAUUCUUCUGAACAGGUCAAGGACCUGAGGUCAGAGGUCACCCAACUCCAGCAACAGGUAAAAUCUCUGAAGAACCAGCUGGAGACGGCAAAGAAGCACGCCCAGCAGUACAAGGCCAUCUCGGACAGCGUGGAGGAAACACUGAAGGAACAGAACAAGACAAGCAAGGAGUUCCAGCAAGCCCUGGAACAGAGAAGCCAGGACUUGAAACAAUCCAAGGAGCAGCUGGAGAAGAGGAUCGAAGCAAUGGAGAAGGAGAGACAAGAGCUGCUCAACGAGAACAUCCGCAUCUCGGAGGAGAGCCAUUCGCUGAAUGCCGACCUGAGGAAGCAGUUGGCAAGUCUCCAGAAUGAGAUGCAGGAAGCCAUACAGAGACGUGAGGCUGCCAUCGCUAAUGAGGAGGCAGCAAAGCGGGACUACAAACAGCAGGCAGACAUUGCCAUGGAUUCACAGACCAAGUACGAGAGGGAGCUGAUCCUCCAUGCCGCUGAUGUGGAGGCCCUGACGACCUACAAGAAACGGGUGGAAGAUUUCAACAAGACGCUGUCAGUCUCACAGGAGGCGGCCAAGAAAGCUGAGCAGACCCUCAAGGAGUCCCAGACGUCGUGGAUGGAGCAGGAGCGGAUCCUGAGGGAGGAGACCAAGCUGCUGGAGAAGAGGGUGCAGGACCUCACCCAGCAGAACACGGUGCUGCACGAACAGAUGCAGAAGCUGAGCGGCCAGGUGACAGCAAUACAGAAGAAGGCAUCAGUGGGCGUGGCUGGGAAAGCAGUGGGCGUGGCUGGGAAGGCUGUGGGUGAGGACGUGGCCAAGUCCUCAGAUCAGCUGCUUGAAGUCAUCAGAUUCCUGCGGAGAGACAAGGAGAUCGCAGAGACGAAACUGGAGGUGGCCCAGGCUGAGACAACACGUGUGAAUCAGAGAUUCUCUCACCUGGAGAAACAGCUGGACUACGCCAACAAGACGCUCACGGAGGAGAGGACACGAUCUCAGGUGUCUGUCCAAACUGCUGUCCAGCAUGCGGACUUGAUGAGGAAGGUGGAGAACAUGAACGUUUUGACAGACAGCAACAAGCUGCUGAGAGAGGAGAGAGACAAGAUGCAGCAGCAGGUCACAAGUCUCGAGGCCAAGAUCAGGAAGAUGGAGAGCGACAUCCAGCCCUUGCAGGCCAACCUCCGCAGUGUGCAGGCCCAGCGGGAUACACUCAGUGCCGAGAAGACGGCCAUACAGAACGAGGUGGAGCGGUGGAAGGGACGGACCAAUCACCUCAUCGAGCAGGCCAACAAGUCCGACCCAGAGGAACAUCGCAGGAUAGUGCAGGAGAGGGACAAUCUGAAGCGACAGCUGGCCCUGGUGAACGAGGAACGACACAAACACAGGGCAGAGGUGUCUAAAUUGAAUGCCAACUUGUCAACUAGUCAGACGGAGGCAAACAGUGUCAAAACACAGCUGACUCAACUGAAUGGGCAGAUUGUUACCUUGAAGAAACAGAACGAGGAGAAAUUGCAGGAUGCUGAAGAGAAAAUGAAGACAAUCAACCAGCUGAAGAAGAUAGGACGCAAGUAUAAGGAGCAGGCUGAGAACGUUGGUAAGGAGCUGGAGCAGGUCCAGAAGGAGAUGGCCGAGCUCCGCGCCAAGUCCGCCAACCAGGAAGCAGCCCAGCCCAACAUUGCUGCCAUAGAACAGGCGUCGGUGGAGGCGCGGCAGAAGCUGGCCAGUGUGGAGAAGGAGCGAGACGAGCUGAAGACGCAGAUGCAGCAGAGGGACACCCAAGUUGGUGAAGUGAAGGAACAGCUGCAGAAACAAACACAGGAGCACAGCCAGCUACAGGAGGCCUGCAACAAGCUGAAGGAGGAGAACUCGGAGUACGAGAAGAAGCAGACGCACUCACGAUCCGUGCUGCAGACCGCCAAGAACAAACUGACCAAUCAGAGAGAGCAAGUGGAGAGACUGACCAGUGAGAAUGCUGAACUGAAAAAGAGGAUUUCCACAGUGGAGACAAGUAAUAAAGAAGAACAGGACCUGCGUCAGGGCAUGCUGAAGUCUCAGUUCGAGGGCCGGAUCAGCCGGCUGGAGAAGGAGCUGCAGGACGCCCGGGGGGGCCAGGGCCCGGGGCUGGCCGAGCUGCAGCAACAGCUGGACCGAGUCCAGAGGGAGAACACAGAACUGCAGGCCAAGAUUGCUGCUCUACAGAAACAGCUUGAGUCCCAGCAGAAACACAUCAGCCAGCCUGCCUCCAUCGUCACGAGACCGGCUGCUACCACCCCGCCCAGCACAUCCACGUCGGACCAGGCUCCCAAGAUGGCCAACAUCAAGCCAAUGGCUACAGGCACCACAAGCGUGGGCCAGGCCACGCCCAUCCCCCAUAGCUCAGCUGCAGCUAAAGCCACGGCUAGCAUCCGACCCAUGGCCAUUGCACCCACAUCUGUGGCCUCAACGUCCACUGCAACACCCACGGCGACAGUCAUGCCCACAACACUGACAUCACAAGAUGUGGACGAUGACCUUCCGUCUACAUCGUCCUCCGGCCCUGCGGUCACGCCCAUCCCGUCUGUCAGUGUCCCGGGUCGACCCCAGCAGGUCCAGAUCGUCGCACCACAGAUUGAGCAGGCGCAGCCAGUAGACAUGUCCUCGGACCUGGUGGAGGAGUCAGCCCCUGCUGCAGCUAUGGAGUUGAUGCAGUCACAGAUGCAGCAGCAGCAGCAGCCGCCGCAGCAGUCACAGGUGACGCCAGUGUCCCCCCACCUGCCAUCCACAUCAUCAGGUGUGGUGGGCGACGGUGGAGCCAGUCAGUCGCUGGGGAAGAGGCAGAGGGAGGACACAGACAGUCAGGAGGAGGCAGAAACGCAGGCCAAGAGAACAAGAACACAGCAAGGUUCCCCUCUCCCAACCAUCACUCUCACUGAUGAGAACGCCCAGACGGUCAACCUGGAGUCACAGGAAGUCCUUCACCUCCAACAAACAGAGACCUUGGAACAAGAGGAGAUACCCCCUGAAGCUGCAGUUGAAAGCGUGACCCCCCAGAUAGUGGGAGCUUCUCAGGCAGACCCCGCCGGCCUCACUCAGCUGGAGGAGGUGCCUCAGCAGCAGCCCCCACAGGAGCUGUUUGCAGGACCCGAACAGACGGUCGACGCUGGGGUGGAGGGAGUGCAUGUUGACGAAGACAGCGGGGACGUGAUCAUCCUGAACAGUGAGGAGGAGGAGCCUUGUGGAGAUGAGAUGGAGGACUCGGACGAAGAGGAGGAGUAUGAGGAAGGAGAAGGUGAAUAUGAUGAUGAUGAAGACGACGAUGAUGAUGAAGAGGCUAUGGCUGAACAGGGAGAUGAGGAGGAAGAUGAUGACAAUGAUGUUGUUAUCAUUGACAUAGAUGACAACGAGCAAUCCAUGCCUUCCCAGCAGCCCCCUGCCGGCCCGGGACCUGUGAUUCAGCAACCAAUCAUAGCACAGCAUCCUGUAGUAAGUCCACGCCCAACCCCUGCCCUUCAGCCAAUCGUGCAUGGCGAGCGAUUGCCAUCUGUCAGCAUCAGGGCCCAUCUUCCGCCAUUCAUGUUAGGGGGUCAGCCAGGACCAUUCGAGGAGGAGGACUGUACCGUGCCCAGCACGCCCACCCUCUCCGUGCCGCGACGAGCAGACGGCUUCGCGGAGGCCUUGAAUUCCCCACAGGUGUCACAGAGGUUUGUGUUCGGUGCGGAAGGCAGUUUGAGCCAGCCGGAACUUGCCCAGCUGGAGUCACAGCGAGCAUUAGGUAUGGACGACACCCGGAUGGAUCUGUCGCAAUUUGAUGAUGGCGGAGGCCGUAGUGUCCCAACAACGCCGUUACAGACAUCGGCCCCAGUUGCCCUCCCUGAGGCCCAUGUAGAGGCAACGCAGACUGCACCUGCCGCAGAUGUUGGGCAGUCUGGAGUAGAAGACGUCGACACAGCGCAGCAGAUGCAAGAGGCCGCCAAAGCGGAGCAGGACCGUGAGGAGAUUGAGGAAUCAGCCUUGUUGGAGGGAGAUGCCCCCCAGGACUCCACGUCCGGUGCACCUGAUACAGACGAUGCCAGGCCCGAGACCGAGGGAGAGAAGGAAGCAGCAGAGGAAGAUGGGAGUUCAACAUCGCAGGGAGCAGUCGACCUUUCAGGCUGGAGGUGUAUGAUGCCGCCACGGCUACGGCUUCGGUCGGGUCUGUAUGUAGUCGGUCCGAAGCCCCGGAUUCAGCGUAUAGUGUGGGAGGGCGAGGGUGCAGCCAACGCUCCCCAGCCGGUCAGCUCCACCCCCCAGCCUCAGCCAACACCACCCACAACCCAGCCUGUACGUGGACACCCUGUUCAGCGCCGACCUGGGGGGUUCCAACCCCGGCCUCGGGGCCCCCGGAGGGGCGGAGUCAACAUGAGGAACAUGCGGGGGACAGGACACUGGAGGGGUCGACCAAUGAGAGGCAACUACAGGUCCCCACAGUUCUAGUGUAUUCAGCAUGUGACUAGAACCGUCGGACUUUCUGUAUCUCCCAGAUCAAGAGAAUGAAGAACUGAGUACAACAUUUGUUAAACUGAGAAGUUUGCUCUUCAGCUGUAUGUAAUGUGCAAAUGUUUAAAUGACAAGAUAAAUUGUUGUGCAAUUGUAGGUUCUAUAUUGAUGUGCAUCGCUAUGGAACUAGGGCGACCAUUUAUGGAGAAUUCUUUCUUGAAAUAUAAUUUCCUCCCUGUUGUGAAUCACAAACCACCUUUCAAAUGAAUGUUAUGUGCCAGAAAUGGUCAAAAAAUGUUUUACCCCCGGAAACCCAUUGUCAAUGUGUAAAUAUGUACAUAUGAUAUCAAACUUUCCAGGUUUUAUCAUGACCUUGAGUUAUGAGACUCUUCAGCAUUUCAUCAGUGUACAGACACGUGUGUGAAUUUCACUUCUCUGCCUGUCGGCCCAGCAUUUAAUGCUACACAUGUCAAAUCAUAGAUGUUGGUGAUGUUCCAGAUCCUUGUCUCUAGGAUAUCAGCAAAUAAUGACUGAAAUGAAUCAUCAAAUAAACAUGGCUACUGUAUAA